UGAGGUGCAUGUCGUCCGCAUGAUUGCUGCCCAGUCCCUACAUUAGAUACGUGUGGGACACGUUUUGUGGGCUUUGGUUGGAAAGAGUCGAGAUAAAACACACACGGCGUACCCUGCUGACAACUGGUUUGCGGCUGCUGGUACUAGUGUGGGGAGCGUGUGUUUCACGUGUUGCUUCUCAACACGCAGCAAAACGUCGUCCGCAUCGAAUUUGCCUCUGGAAACGGGAGUUUGAACUUUUUCCACAUUUGACUGCAUGUGCCUAAGAGUCUGACGCUGCAUCUCUUCAAUGGCUGCCUCGGGCUCUUCCUCCACCUCUGUGCCUGAGGGUUUCCACUACGAGACCAAGUACAUCGUCCUCAACUACCUGGGCCUCCUGCCCCCCUCCCGGCUGCAGGCCACCGCUGGCGGAGGAGAUGGCCAUUAUGCUGUGGACAGAGAGAGGAACAGAGUAAUGAAGGCACAAAUAGAGGAAGAGCUGAAGCAACUGGAAGAUGAGGUCUCAGACUCCUUCUCCAGUACAGGCUUCGACUGCCAUACGUCUCCAGUGUUUAGCCCAGCCAACCCAGAGAGCUCCAUCGAGGACUGCCUGGCUGUUCUGGGUGACCGGGUGGCCAGAGACCUGGACACACACCUGGCCUCUACUGUACACACACUCCUCAGUGCCCCGCUGGACUACGAGCAUUUCAGAGAAGCAGCACAAGACAUCUCCUGCCACACGCAGAGUGGCUGGAGCAAGGUGCUGGUGCCAUUGGUGCUGCUGCAGGCCCUCCAGGGAGAAGGACAGAUCCUGGCCCACCUGCUACCUCUGGGGGUCCGUUUCCUGGAGGAGGCUGAGGCAGACUACAUCAUCCAGCAGGGAGGAUGGGGUACAUUGUUUAGCCUGGAGGAAGAGGAGGAGCAGGGCGUGAUCAUAGCCGAGGACAGCAACGACAUCUACAUCCUGUCUGGAGAACAGCUUCCUGGCCAGCUCAGUCCCCCCGCGUCGCUGCUGGGCACCGGAGACAGCAGUGGGCCGGGCAGCUGGCAGACAGAGAGCUUACCCGUGUCUCUGGCAGGCAACGAUUCCUGGGCACAGGUGAGCAUGAUGGACCACCCCGAAGAUGUCAAGAGUCUGGACAGCAACGAGGGCACCCUGGCUGAGGAGCGCAGUGAGAACAACUCCUCCAACUCUGACAUUGUGCACGUGGAGCGAGAGGACGCAGAGGAGGGUGAGGGCGGGGCCGAGUUGCAGGAGAGCAUGCUGAGUGUGCUGGGGACGGAGAGCGAGCUGGCUGAGCUGAGGGCGGAGUUUAGGGAUGACACCCCGCUUCCUGUCCCAGCAGCCCCAGAGCCGGUGGUGGUAUAUCUGGAGGAGCCGGUCAUCAUAGAGACGCCUGCUCCCCUGUCGGCGGUUCUGUCAGAGCUGCAUUCGUCUGUCCCCGUGUCAGAGCCCGAGCCCUCUGCUCCAGACCCUAUGAUUGAGCCUGAGCCUGCCCCUGUUGUGGAGGCAGCACCACCAUCCCCCGCCAAGGCACCCUCUACUCCCCCAUCAGCAAAGCCAGCUCUAGAACCAGAGCCUGUUCCAGAGCCAGUCGCAGCACCGCCAGAGCCAGAGGAGCCCCAGCCUGAAUCUCAGUCAGAGACUGUGCUGGAGCCGGCUGCAGCGCCCCUCCUGGAGGCACUCCCAGCUCCUGUGGCCCCAGCCGAGGAGCCCCCGGUGCAGACGGAACCAGAACCCAAGUCAGAGAUCCCAGUGCUGCUGUAUGGUGGAGCUGCUCUGGUGGCCCUAGCUGCUGUGGUGACCUGGGGAGUCAUGACCCACCGGAAGAAGUAGCCUAGCAGUGCUCCUGAACCGGGUUGCAGACCUCACCUCCUCCCUGGUCCCUGCUGCUAGCAGUGCUCCUGAACCGGGUUGCAGACCUCACCUCCUCCCUGGUCCCUGCUGCUAAUCUGGGCUGCUGGGCCUGCCACUACCAGGUGGACACACCAUGUGAACAAUUACUUAUUUUCCUUAUCUCCAUUUUUGUUUUCCCCCAUUCUCCUCUCUGCUCUGGCAAUUUGAUAUGUUUUUCUUCAGUUGCUGCCUCCAACCCAUCACGUCUCAAACUGGAAAGGACAAUUGUAUAAUUUUCUAGCGGUUUCUAUGUUUUCCGGGUGCUUGGUUGUUCGAUGCCAUGCGGAUGUACGUCACAGACACACCCUGUUUCUAUGUUACUUUCUCGGCUGGAGCUCUGGGUACCUCUUUGUCCUCAGAGCCUAGUGGGUGUAGCGCAGAAGUCAGAAUUCCCUGUUCUAUUGCAGGGAAAAGGGAAGCUAUUUCAAUAUUUUCACAUACAAAAAUGUAAAUUCUGAUUACAUUAUGUCCUCUGAAAAGCAAACCUGUCUUCAAGGAUUAGAUGAGCAUGUUUGUUUUUUAUGGCAAUUAACUAAUCAUGAUUAGACUUUUGAUUUGUUUUUAGAAUUCACUGUACUGAAGACACUACUGUGUAUCUAUAAAAGCACUUGAUAGGCACUUGAUAGGGAUUAAUAAUAUCGCACUUGAUAGAGAUUAAUAAUUUCGCACUUGAUAGGGAUUAAUAAUAUUGCACUUAAAUGGAAAGUAGAUACACAUGACCAAAAGUAUGUGGACACAUGCUUGUCAAACAUCUCAUUCCAAACUCAAGGGCAUUAAUAUGGAGUUGGUCCCCUCUUCGCUGCUAUAACAGCCUCUACUCUUCUGGAAAGGCUUUCCACUAGAUGUUGGAACAUUGCUGCGAGGAUAUGCUUCCAUUCAGUCACGAGCAUUUGUGAGGUCAGACACUGCUGUUGGGCGAUUAGGCCUGGCUCCCAGUCAGCGUUCCAAUACAUCCCAAAGGUGUUCGAUGGGAUUGAGUUCAGGGCUCUGUGCAAGCCAGUCAAGUUUUUCCACACUGAUCUCGACAA